GCAUCAUCCUCCGUUCCCCACGGGUCGCGUCCCCGCAGACGCCGAGGCAUCGACACCACCACCACGUCACAAAUCCAUCCCCUUCCCCUCCUCGCCGACCUCCGGAGUCCGGAGAAACCCACCCCAAAAUCGCGCAUCCGCCCGCACGAAUCUCCGCGCGUCAUGGCUUCCUCCCGGAACCCCGACGCCCCGGCCGCGCCGGCGCCGCCUGAGGCUCAAACCCCAAACCCUAGCAUUGUCCCCGGCGACCCGCCGUCGCCGGAGAUGGAGGCCACGGCGGAGGCGCUCACGCGGGAGGAGGUCCUCCGCCGGCGGCGCCGGCGUGCGGCCAGGCUUGCGGGCGUGUACCGCCGGCUCUACUGGGCCAUGGCUGAGGAGGUGCGCGCUCGGCACCGGCAGUACGUCUGGGACCUCGCCCGGAGCCCGCUCGAGGCCGAGCAGCUUCCGCUCCCUCCCGGAGCCCCUAUCCCCGCGGUGGGGGAGCCGCCGCGGUCGGCGCCAGUGCCGAGGAGGAAGAAGUGCGGGUUUACGGGGUGCAAGGUGCGGGCCAUGGCCACGGCCCGGUUCUGCCACUCCCACAUCCUCUCCGAUCCCACACAGGUGCUCUAUAAGCCCUGCGCCUACAUCACUAAAAGUGGGGUACAGGGUGGGCUUGUCACCUGUGGCAGGCCAAUCAUAAAGUCUGCAGCUCCCUCAUUCUGCAAUAUUCACUUGCAAAGAAGUCAGAAGAGCAUUGCACAAGCUUAUAGGAAGGUUGGCUUUAACCCACCCCUUACAGGCAAGAUCACCCCAAAGUUCAGUGUUUUGGUUGCUGAAUGUGUUCGUCAGAUCCAAGACAAAAGGAGACAAUCACUUAAAGCUGCAGCACAACAGAAAUGCACUAGAGAUGGAAAAGUUGACUGACCCAUACCUUGAUAUCCAUGAAAUUUCAGGCAUUCUUCUGAGGUUAACGCAAAGUAUGAUAACGUGCUCUGCCAGAUUACUGCUGUCACUCUCUGUUGAAUGACAUGGAUACUGGAAACUUACAUGACAUACAUGAAUUAAGGUUUAAAGUGUCAUUGGAAGAAUUGAUAUCUCAGGAAUGAUUUAGUAAUGUAUUUGAAAUGAAAACUUGAAGGAACAAGCUUGUGGUGAUAAUCAAGUAUCAACUGUGAGGGCAUGCAGUUACAGAUGUCUCAGGGGAUCUACCCUUUUUGCGCGGGCAGUCUUUAUCCUAAGCUUUACAAGUUGCUGUACAUGCACAGCAAGACUGCAUGGUUGAUUCGAUGAUGUGUUGAACCGUCAUCUGCUUGUUGGUACUAUCGUACCCAAUAUCUGCCUGCAUGAAGGUCUGUGAUCACCAGCUUUAAACCUAUCUACAUGGAUUCGAAUCAAAAUCAUGGCGACUCUCGAAAAUUUCACAAGUCUUAUUCUGAUUUGGAUUCCAUGUUGUGAGUUACACGGAUCCAAAUUUCAAUCCGUGUCUUUGGUCAUGUAGAUAGCUCAGUGGUGGUCUAAAUGUUCAUCAUGGUGCAGUCAGUAUAAAAAAUGUGCAUAGUGGAGAAAAAAGAAUUAUUUCUUGCCAAUUGGAGAUUCAAUGCAUGGGCUUGAUGUGUACUUUGCAGAGAUGUAUGAAUGCGAGAUCUGUACUUUCAUGGCAAAUGGGCUGUACAUGGUAUGAGAUUCUACUUAUGAGGAAUGUUUCACAUUAUGAACCAAAGGAAGAGCCUAAUAAAACAUGGACUCACGAGGAUAAUGUAGAAUGCAUUUAUGUCUAUUGGAAGUCCGCCGCCGAGCGCUGUUAUAAAAUUUCAUGAUUUGCACAAAUAAUUACCCAGUGGCUUUAUGGAAGGAAGCUGUUAGAAUCUGGUACAGUGUGUAAACAUAUAUCAGAUACCAUGAAGUAACAACGGAACAUUCCAGUGUUUGGUAGCAAUUUCAUGGCUGUUAGAUUUCAUGUCAUACUAGUGAUUGGUCACAGUUUCAUGAUUGAGAUCUCAGGGCUGGUAAUUGCUACGGCAACCAAGAACAAACAAAUGAGAACCUUUCCUGAUGUCACUUAGUUUUGGUGUUGUUACUUGUUAGAUGUUACCAUGUUCAAAUCACCGCAUAUCAAUUCUUUUCUUGUUUUUCUUAUGUUAUAAGGUUUGGACUCUGUGCUUCCUAUGAUUUGGUACAUCUGUUCUAUUUUUGCUGUAUCAUUUUCCAGCCAGAACAUUUGCACAUGGUUAUAUGUAUUUAUUAUCCAAGUAUCUGGUCCUUUUUUUUGAGACAGCUAUUUUAACGUCUGAGAAAUUUUCUGUUUUA